AGUGAAGGAUCACGUGUGCCUUGUGAGAAUCAGGAAUGGCUUCACGGGAUUCAGGAAGGUCCUGAAAACUAGAACUCACUGUCUGAGCUCUGCUUCCAACGGGUCUUCGGGAUGAAGUCUGUUGGUGUCUUCGCCCUAAUUAUCAGCUUCAGCAUAGUCGCAGAAUCCAAAAUCUACACUCGAUGUAAACUGGCAAAAAUCUUUGCAAAGGCCGGCCUGGACAAUUACGGGGGAUUUGCCCUUGGAAACUGGCUCUGCAUGGCAUACUAUGAGAGCCACUACAACACUACAGCCGAGAAUGUCCUGGAGGAUGGAAGCACUGACUAUGGCAUUUUCCAGAUAAACAGUUUCACAUGGUGCAGAAAUGCAAGAAAGCAUCAGAAGAAUCACUGCCAUGUUGCCUGCUCAGCCUUGAUCACUGAUGACCUCACAGAUGCCAUUCUCUGUGCCAAGAAAAUUGUUAAAGAGACACAAGGGAUGAACUAUUGGCAGGGCUGGAAGAAGAACUGUGAGAACAAAGACAUGUCAGAGUGGAAGAGAGGAUGUGAGGUUUCCUGAUCUGCAGCAGGUGCAAGGGUGCUUUCCGUGACCCGUCAGACUUGUACUGAGUAUCGCUUUCUCUCAGUGCCCCUUCUCAGACUUGGAGAGGGAAUCUAAGCUGUAUUUUAAGAAAGUAAACAUUUCCCUUUACAUGCCGUCAUUUCUCUCUGACCUGAGUUCAAUGAUGUCAUAAUAAUUUCAUGAUAUUAGUACUUGAAAAAUCAUUUCACAAUGUCUAAGGACUGGAGAGAAUAAACUUUUCUUCUUUGUUGUAAA